CUCGUGUGGCGAGCAACAAGUCAAAGCAUGGUCCUCUAUUUCUCUUCCUUCCACUCACCUCUAUUCUCCAAGUUCCAACUUAUAUGAUAGGAAGAAGGGGAGCCUAACAAUUCAGCAACAGAGCUAGGAGCGAGUUUGAAAGCGAAAAUGGACUCGGCUAUAGUAGAACUCUUGAUUGACAAUAUCAUUUCAGCUCUCGCAACUAAAGCGUCGCUGUUGUGGGGGGUCCGUGAUGCAAUUGCAGAUAUCAAGCAUGAGUUGACAAGCAUGCGGUCUUUAUUAAUAGAUGCAGAUAAAAGGGGAGCAAGCAGUGCCGGAGAGGAAACUUGGGUGACAAAUGUGAGGAACACAGCAUAUGAUGUUGAAGAUGUUAUUGAUAUGUUCAUGUAUCACAUCAAUAGCCAACAAAUUGGGGGUCGAUUUGCUUGGUUCCUUCACCAUACAAUUUACAUUCCACAGACUCUUUGGGUGAGGCAUAAAAUAGCUUGCAAGUUACAGAAUAUCAAUAAGACAAUCAAGACCACUUCAGAGUUAAAUCAGAAAUAUCAUGUUGAUCCUAUAGAGGGGAAAAGUUCAGAAGAUUUUCACAAAUGGGUUGUGCGGCAUGCUGAAUCAUCUUUGUUUGUCGAAGAAGAUGAACUUGUAGGGAUCAAAGAUAAAAGAAAACAAUUAAUGAUGUGGUUGAUGGAUAGAGAACAACAACAGACUGUCAUUUCAAUCUUGGGGAUGGGAGGAUCUGGCAAGACCACACUAGUUGCCAACAUCUACAACAGUGACGCUGUAAAGAGACAUUUUGAUUGUUAUGCAUGGAUCACUGUCUCCCAAAAAUAUGAUGUAGAAGACUUAUUGAGGAGCAUGAUUAAGGAAUUCUAUGAGUCAAAGAAGGAAACAAAUCCAUCAGACUUGAGUUCCAUGAACUACAGACUGCUAGUAAAAAUGCUGGUGAGCUACUUAGAGAAGAAAUCAUAUCUACUUGUCCUAGAUGAUGUUUGGGACACAAAUGUCUUGGAUGAACUAAAAGUAUCACUUCGAGAUAGAUAUCCUGGGAGCAAAAUCAUGCUUACAACUCGUAAAGAUGAUGUAGCUCACCAUCCUUUUAUGGGUUUACCUCAUGUUCAUCGUAUUCAAUUGCUAGAACCAGAUGAGGCGUGGGAACUCUUUUGCAAGAAAGCAUUCUUAGGCAAUCCAAAUAGAAUCUGUCCACCAGAGCUUAAAUCUUUUGCUCAGGAACUUGUAAGAAAAUGUAAAGGCCUACCUCUUGCAAUUGCGGCUUUGGGCAGUCUUAUGUACUCCAAGAAUGAUACGUCUCAAUGGAAUCAAAUUAAUAGCAGCUUGAAUUGGAAUCUAAGUAACAAUCCUGAGCUAGAAGCAGUGAAGAGCAUUUUGUUGCUAGUUUCAACGAUUUACCAUAUCAAUUGAAGCAUUGUUUCUUAUAUUGCUCUCUUUUCCCAGAAGAUCAUGA